GAAAUUGCUGAUGCACCCAAAUGUACUGAAAUUAAUUUAAAGGAAGGGCAAUUUAUGGAAAAAGAUAUCUUUUUAUUUGAAGAUAUUGAUACAAAUAAAAGAACUAAUAAUUCAACUUGUACUGUCAUUGAAUAUAGUAAAGUAUCCUUAAAAUUCAAAACGGAACCCAAUCCAGAAUUCAUCAAAGCUGUAAAAGAUGCUAUAGAGUCUAAAGAUCCUAGAAAAUUUAGAAAGAUUACAGAAGAAUUUGGUAAAUUCGUUCCAAAAGAAGAAGUUAUUCUAGGAGCAAGGGCUUAUUUUGUUAAUACAAAUUCAAGCAAUUCCAGUAAAAAUUGUACAAAGUAUACAAAUCUUAAAUUAAUUGGAGGAAAGAAAUUUAUUUCUAAAGAUUUUAAUAAAAAGGAAUGGCUUAAUUCAUUAGAAGAAUUUAGAAAUUGGGAUUGCAUAAAAAUUAAAAAUCCAAUUAGCAUUUUCAAACUUUUACCUGAAGAUUUGCGCAAGGAAAUCUUUUUAUUAGUUGGAAAAAAAAUUCUUUAUUUAAGCACUGAAAUUUAUGAAUUUAAAUUAAACAAACCCGGAAAUCAUGAAAAUUUAAAACUAAAAAACAUACCAAAAGAUAUUUUAGAAACUCUUAAAGAUGAAGUUGCAGAAUGUAGUAUCUUUGCAACGGUUGUUGAUAAAAACAGAAUGAAUAAUGAUAUUUUUAAUUGUCAGAUCUUUUGGCCACCAAAUCAAGAACCAAAACUUAUAAUACAUUGUAUUCAAAAAAAAUUUAAAGAACGUAAAUGUAAAUUGAAAAUUAUGAUCAUGAUUACCGGUUAUGAUAUGAAUUUUAAUUUUGAUCGCCCAGAUUUUAAUAUUCAAUUUAAAGUUGAAAGUCACAAUUUUAAUGCAUCAGAUAAUCAAACUCAGGAACGUCUAUUAGCAGCAGACUCAUCUCAUUGUUUUGGAAUUCCUGUAUUAAGAAAAUUGGAUGAUUCAGCUAACUCUCUUAUAAUUGGCCAUCAUUUUUAUAACUUUGGAAAUGAAAGAACUGGAUUGUACACAUAUUCUUAUUGUUCGAAAAAUAAUUGUUAUGAUCAUUUACCCGAUUUUACUUUUCAUACAUUCGUCAUCCUGGAUUAUAGUUCUAAUUGUUCUGAGAUGUCAUCUUUUAAUCAUAGUAAAUUUAUAAAAAAUAUCUUAACUAAGCAUGAUUCCUUAAAACCAAAAUUUAUAAGUUUGUAUUCUACUACAAAAGAAAAUGAUUGGAA